UUUGGUGCGUUCAAGGUCACACGUAAUAUAGAUAAUAUUCCAAUAACACAUUCCAAAUAUAUACUUUUUAUUUGAAUUAUUUUUACUUUUCAACAGUAACUAUCCUUAUAUUCUUUAUAUAUGAAUAUAUUACACAAUUUAUCAUGUUGUGUAUGUGAUAUUUCUGUUUACUUGAAUUAUUUGUAUAUUAUCAUUUUAUCCAUAAUCUCCCCUGAACGCAUCUUCACGCAGACGCUGUCUAAAUGCGCCACAAGAUGCAGUGCUGUGAUUCUCAGUCAUCCCUCCACCUCAAGCUCUGAGCUACAGAAACAAACUACAGCGGACUGAGUACCAAAUUGUAAUCCACUCGGCUUUAACUAAUUGGAUGUGACCAUUUUUUAAAUUCACAUUCACUCAAGUAGACUUUACCAUAGCAGUUAAAGUGAGAAAUCAGUUAGCUUCGCUAGCCGCGUUAGCUAGCCGGCCAUUUCUUGUGCCUGGCGUCACUUCCUACUUUUUGAAAAUCGCGGCCAGAAAGAGACGAAACAGAGAUGGAGCUACAAGUGGGAACAGAACCGAUGACCCUGGGCUCUCCCACCUCUCCAAAGUCGGCCCCUGGAGCUCAGUUUCUGCCCGGCUUCCUGAUGGGCGACUUGCCGGCUCCAGCUAGCCCCCAGCCACGUCCCUUCAGUCUGGCCAUGCCCAUUAUGGAGAGCACAGGUACGCCCCGAGGAGGAGGUGGAGGCUCUGCCCCGCAGCCCGUUGUCCCCACCCCCAAAGAUAAGAGUGGAGCCCCACCCGUUCGCAGUAUCCAUGACGACAUGGUUACUGUGACUACACCCCUCAACACACUCAGACAGUCUUUUCCAGUUAUGCAGUCUCCUCUGUCUGCACGGGGAGCAUCAACUCCAGGUGUGCAGCAGCUGUGCCUGUCUCCAGCUCAGGUGGAUCCUUUUUACAGUCAGGGAGAGUCUCUGUCAUCUGAAGAUCAUCUGGACCAGACUUGGAUCACUGUGUUUGGUUUUCCUCCAGCCUCAGCCUCCUACAUCCUGCUGCAGUUCGCACAGUAUGGAAACAUCCUCAAACACACGAUGGCGUCUCCUGGUAACUGGAUGCACCUUCAGUAUCAGUCCAGACUUCAGGCCAGGAAGGCUCUGUCUAAAGAUGGAAAAGUGUUUGGUGAUGCCAUCAUGGUGGGAGUCAAACCCUGCAUAGACAAGAGUGUGAUGGACGGCAGCGUACCCGUCUCCUCUCCCCUCGCCGCCUCCUUCUCCUCCGUCCUCCCCUCCACUCCUCGCUCCGCCAUCAGACCCCUCAGCGCCGCUUACAGGAGCUCCUGCAGCGACUACCAGGUGGUAGCAGACAGACAGACACCAAGGAAGGACGACAGUUUUGUUUCCAAAGCAAUGGAGUACAUGUUUGGCUGGUGACAUUACAUGAUGCAUCAUGGGAUAUCUGCAGCCUUGAAGGAGAGAGGAAUCAAUGGAGCGAUGGAUGAACUGAUUCACUAGUGUGUGUGUGUGUGUGUGUGUGUGUGUGUGUGUGUGUGUGUGUGUGUGUGUGUGUGUGUGUGUGUGUGUGUGUGUGUGUGUGUGUGUGUGUGUGUGUGUGUGUGUGUGUGUGUGUGUGUGUGUGUGUGUGUGUGUGUGUGUGUGUGUGUGUGUGUGUGUGUGUGUGUGUGUGUGUGUGUGUGUGUGUGUGUGUGUGUGUGUGUGUGUGGUGUGUGUGUGUGUGUGUGUGUGUGUGUGUGUGUGUGUGUGUGUGUGUGUGUGUGUGUGUGUGUGUGUGUGUGUGUGUGUGUGUGUGUGUGUGUGUGUGUGUGUGUGUGUUUUGAGGGGGAGAAUCUUUUUGGCUUUCUCCUCCUUUUAAAAUCAGUAAUUUUUUUUUUUUUAAUGUUUUGUCCUAAUAAAGUUUUUCUCUGGUGAAGCUGAAGGUUCAUUCAACAGCCACAAGGUCGCACUGUUCAAUCUACGAAGUGCAGUCACAUCCUCGUGUUUACAUGGCGUGGAGACAUGUUGAAAAAGGAAAGACACAAACAGAUGACACAACGUUGGAAAGAAUACUGUUGUGUAAAUAGGAUUGUAUAUGACUCUGUGCUGGGCUCGACAGUAAUAGUUGCUGUUUUGCCAGUGGAAACUAAUUAAUGGUCUUUGGUUGCCAACCGUGGCAACCACUUUCUAACAAAAAAAACAACAAUAGGGACAGUGAAAUAUACAAUUUUGUAAACUUGAAGUUGGACACUUUAACUUAAAACUAUUCUGGUUAAAAUUCUCUACGGUAUAAGUUAAGACAUAAACUACAAAGCAUUUUGUUUGGUUACUGUAAUAAAGCUUUUAUUCUUUUA